AUGAAACACAGAAUCACUAUUCUUAACCAUGAGUCCACCCAUGACUCGAUCAUUUCUCAUAUCAAUAAAACGUCGAUUCAAUUGACUUCCAACUUCACUCGUGAAGAUAAAUUCACCUUCGUGGGAGACGAGGUUCCAACGAUUUUCAAGAACAAAAAUAUCAAAGAUCUUAACAUAAGAAUGGGAAAUGUCGAUUCCUUGGUUUUCAAUUACUUCACCGACGAUUUGGAGGUCAAUGUAAGACCUAAUAGUAGUAAAGAUAAGUUUUUUCAAGGAACAUCGGAUUUGUGGAAACUUUUGGGUAUAAAUAACGAUUGGAGUAUCUCCAAAUCUUCAGUAAUGACUAGACAAGAUACCAGUGAACCUUUGAAGGAUGUCAUGAAGAAGAUCAUUGGUAUGGAUUUUGAAGCUAUGAAUUUGGUCUAUACUUCUGGGAAGCUAAUAAUUAGUGUUCUCAAUAAGGAUGGUCCUAAACUGAUCUCUUGGAUGGAUGACGUGUAUACUGAGACUGGGAUCUUCCUUAUUGAUGAUUUUGAGGUCGAUGACAUAGUUUUGAGUGGUCUUAGAGUUAUUAUGGAUGGGAAUGAAAAGAUAGAAUCGGAACCUGAAACGGAUGACACCAAAUUCGACCAUUUACAUAAAACACUUUUCCAUGUUAAACCCAAGUUUCGUACAUUCCCUAUAACCACCAAGUUCAACAACAAUGGACUCCACCCUAAAAUCCAAUUCGAGUUCCCUGAGCCUCCUGUUGAUGAUGUUUCCGGAUGUGACCGAUUCUUCUAUACUUCAUUACCAAAAGAUCUCUUCAUUGAUCCUUAUAAUCCAGGAGAAAACGUGGAGAUAGUGGUCAACUAUGGAGUGAAGGAUUUGGAACUACCAGAAUACUCUAUAGAUGAAUGGGGUCACCAAGUUCUUGUCAGAUUAACAGAAGAUGUUGGUGAGUUGACUUUACAUAGUAGAUACCAAUUACCUAACAAACAUGGAAAUCAAACAAUCGAUUUUAAUGGUGUGGCCUUCUAUGGUUGUGACUUAAGAGAAAGAAAUAUUCUUCAAUUGAAUCCAUUCUAUAAUGAGUUCCUUGAUGGUUACAGUAGCUUUUUCACCAACGAUACUGUCAUAUAUCAAGAUUUCAAGAAUUUCAAAGUAGAUAUACCUGUGCCACAAUCUGAGUUCCAUGAUAUAAACAACAUAACUUUGAUCACAUUAGUAUUAGGUAUCCUAAUUAUCAUUUUACAACUUUUAAAACCUAGAAAGAAAGAGAAGAGAGAAAAGAAACAUCAAUAA